GGCCGUGCGCUUAUCCCGGGACGGGGCUCGUCCGCGGGGUCCGGGGCGGCGCCGCCGCGGGCAGGACAUGAUAGGUAGAAAAGAAUCCUGUGCUUCAGGACAGAUACCAAUGACCAACCUCGGCUGCCUUGUCUAUGCAUUGGAAGAAUGGACUGUUGUGGAGUUCCUGAAGAAAUACCUUUUUCAUCUGAUCAUUGCCUCACUUGCAAUUAGUGCAAUAUUAGUUUUUUUUAUAGUUCCUUUAACAAUCGUCUUUUUCAUUUACCUUACUAAUAUUUUGCUUUUAAUAUAUCAGAGGAACAAUGAGAUAAAAGCAGAUCCCUUGAGUGAUGUUUGGGAUAGUGUAAGAAAAACUAUAGCAAGCUUUUGGGAUAUAUAUGCAAGAAUAUGGCAUGGUUAUGAGCUUCAUGGUGUGGAAAACCUCCCAGAAGGACCAGGCAUUCUUGUGUAUUACCAUGGAGCUAUUCCUAUAGACUACCUUUACUUUUUGUCUAGGCUGUUUCUCUGGAAGAAAAGAAUUUGUCUGUCAGUAGCUGAUCAUUUUGUGUUUCGUUUACCAGGACUUAAAUUAUUGUUGGAAGUGACGGGUGUUAUACCAGGUACGAGGGAGGAGUGUCUCCUUGCACUGAGGAAUGGAUACUUGGUGUCCAUCUCACCAGGAGGAGUUCGAGAAGCGCUGUUCAGCGACGAAAGUUACCAGCUCAUGUGGGGAAAUCGAAAAGGCUUUGCUCAGGUCGCUCUAGAAGCAAAAGUGCCCAUCAUUCCAAUGUAUACUCAAAAUGUCCGUGAAGGCUAUAGGAUGUUUAAAGAAAGAAGAUUUUUUAGACAGUUAUAUGAAAGCACUCGAUUGCCUUUUACUCCUCCAUAUGGAGGACUUCCAGUUAAGUUCCGCACAUACAUUGGGAAGCCAAUCCCUUACGAUCCGAAUAUAACUGCAGACGAAUUAGUUGAAAAGACAAAGACUGCUGUCCAAGCUCUCAUAAGCAAGCACCAAACAAUCCCAGGCAACAUAUGGAAGGCUUUACUGGAACGAUUUGAUAAACGUCGUAAAAGUGAUUAGAAUGCUUAUGUUUGUUUCGUUGGUUUUACAGCAUACAGUAAAAAACAAUUUCCUACAGCACUGGUCACUAAUAGCUGGUGUUAACCAGUUUAAUUUUCAAAUUUCUACAGAUUUGGUGGAAGAAAACAAUUAACCUCUUGAAAGUUCCCUCCUGUCUUUGAGAAUAUUCUGAACUCAGAAAGAUCGAUGAAGAUGACUUAUGUAUAAUAGCAAUGCAACAGCUAAAUUACCCCAAAGGAAAUCAUGCAGCCAAGAUUUUCCUGGUUCCUAAAACAAGUAUUUACUUACAUCCAAGAGCCUUAGUGGUGUUGUCUAGAACUGUGGGUUUGUCUUUUGAGCACAGUCCAGUCUCAGAGCAGAGCCUCAGAGUUGGUGUUGUCCCACCAGAGACCACCCCACCGGGUGCACCUUCCCUGACGGACUCAUGCAAGAAAGUGUCAGAACAAAAACUGUCUUGCUUUAGGGAAUCAGCUACUGCUUAGCCCAUUCUUCUAGAGACUAUACAAAGAGCCAUAAUCCCUUUAAACCAGAUAUUAGACUCCUUCAAACACAUCAGCUUAGUGGUUCAUACCCUGGAAAGCAGCACUACUGCAUUCAACGCUCUUCCCCCACAAAAAAAGGUCUCUCAAAGAGAGGAAAAAAAAGCUUUAGUUCAGUGUAGCAAAUAUUGCAAACACAUGUAGAAGGUAGUUUCAAGUCUGAGCUGGUUCAUGCACGCACUAUUGCACCACACCAUAGUUGUUUAAUGGAUGAGACUGCCGCCAGCCUGAAAAUCCCUGGAUAUGGUGCGUGCACGGAUGUGCUGUAUUUACUCAAAUCUCCUGGUGAGCAGGGAAUAGGGUUGGGGGAAGCUUUCAUGGGCAAUGCAUCCUUGAGGCUUAUCAUCACUGGUGGUUUGCCUAAAAAUGUAGUACUUAAAUACUGUAGUACUGCAACACUGCUGGUACAGAUUGAACCAAAAUGCCUGUUUGGAAGGGCAGUGUUGUCUUCCUAAUGCAACUUGUGGAAAAGCAAAACUUAGUACAAAGCAGAACGUGUUUUGUACAAAGGCUGUGGGAUGUUGUUACUGGUGGGAGUGGGAGAACUUUGUGUAAUCUAUCCAAUAUGCCAUUAAAUGCAACCAAGUCUUAACUUCAAAGACCGAGAAAGGUAAUUUUUGUGCCACAUUUUUUCCUUCAUGUACUUUUAAUACGUAAAUAAUCUUUCCUCUCAACAUCCUAAAAGGACAUAACAUCUAAGGAAAUAUAUAUAAUGUUUGCCCAUUUUUAAAUAGAAAACUAAAUCUAUGUUUUCGAUUAAAAUAAAUUCUUCCUCAACCCUGCUUCUUCACAAGUAUUUCUUGCACAUCUGGUGAAGAGAGAAGGAUAGACAGGUAAGUUAUUUCCCUGGACCAAAAAGACAGGAAUCCUAUCCUGAAAAAACCCCUCAAAUCUGUCUUAAGAUACAGGAGUCUUUACUUGAACACAUUAACUAUAACUGCUCUAUACAGGCAGAAGGAUUUUUCUCCCAGCAGAGACUCAGCAUGCAUAGGAGAUGAUAAACUAAAGCAGAUCAAGAUGCUCACUGAUAUGCCUGGACAUAAACAGGAAUUCAAACCACGAAGUCUUACAUGCCACUCUCCAGCAAUACAAGCUGAAAUUCAAAGCCUGAGC